UCCUCGGGCCGGGGUUCCCCUCUGGCCGCAGCUCCUCCGCCCGCCGCCAGGAUGAUGUGCGGGGCGCCCUCCGCCACGCAGCCCGCCACGGCCGAGACCCAGGCCAUCGCCGACCAGGUGAAGCCCCAGCUAGAGGAGCAGGAGAAUAAGAAGUACACUACCUUUAAGGCGGUGGAGUUCAGGAGCCAGGUGGUCGCAGGGAGGAACUACUUCAUCAAGGUUCAAGUCGAUGAUGAUGAGUUUGUGCACAUUCGAGUGUUUCAGAGUCUCCCGCACGAAAACAAACCCUUGGCCUUGUCCAGCUAUCAGACCCACAAAGCCAGGCACGACGAACUGGCGUAUUUCUAGUUCCCGCUCUGAACAUGGCCCGUCCGUGUGGUUCUGUCCUCUGUGGACACGUCUGGGGUCAUAAACGGGUGCCAUUUCUUCACUGGGGGUGGGGGGGGGGGUGUCGCGCAGCUCUUCUGACUUGCAUUGGGAGAGACAAAGUCAACCCAACCAGCAAUCUUAAUUACUUUCAAAGAAGGCUUAUAUUCUCUUUUAAAUACAUAUUUUUAAGUCUUGGCAAAUUUA